CCUUUCCCUCCUCCUGUGGCGCGCAAUUGUGACGUCAGGAGGCUUCCUGAAGCCUUCGAAAGGGCAAGGCCUGUCAGAAAAUGGCCGCUGUGGGAUGAAAAAGGUGUCUAUCCAUUUUACUCAGAUGCUUUUGCAGUUCCACAUCCCAGGCAGAGAUGAUGCGAAUAACAAUCAGAGCUUGGUUGGAAAGCCAGUGGAUUUGGGCAGAUUCACAUCAACGGUGUUCACUUUUUCCACAGAAGGUUAAAAGCUGGCACAAGAAUCUUAGCACAACCUGCUCAAUAUGUUCAAAGUCCAAAAGGCUGGAACGUAAAAGGAACCUUUCAGAAAAGAAGCUGUCUCGCUGCUUUGUUGAUCAUCGAAAGGUGCGACUGACAGCGGGCAAAGGAGGUGAUGGCAUUAGCUGUUUUCAUAGUGAACCAAGAAAAAUGUAUGGUGGUCCAGAUGGUGGAGAUGGAGGAGAUGGGGGACAUAUAAUACUGAAAGUGGAUCAGCAAGUCAAAUCCUUAGCAUCACUUCUCCCACUGUAUCGAGGUUUCGAUGGCGAAAAGGGAGGGAGUAAAAACUGCUAUGGAGCUGCUGGUAAAUCUAUUUAUCUUAAGGUCCCCAUUGGUACUGUGGUUAAGGAGGACAAUGAAAUUAUCGCUGACCUCAACCAGCAUGGUGAGGAAUAUGUUGCAGUCUAUGGUGGAACUGGUGGCAAAGGUAAUCGUUUCUUUCUGGCCAAUGAUAAUCGAGCACCAGAAACAGCUACUGAAGGAGAGCCAGGAGAAGAGAAAGUUCUUAGUUUGGAGCUCAAGACGAUGGCCCAUGCAGGCCUGGUAGGAUUCCCUAAUGCCGGGAAGUCUUCACUGUUGCGCGCGAUCUCCAAUGCAAAACCAGCCGUGGCUUCUUACCCCUUCACAACCUUAAAUCCGCACGUGGGCAUUGUCCACUACGAAGGCUAUGAGCAAGUUGCAGUUGCGGAUGUCCCUGGCAUAAUAAAAGGAGCCCAUCAGAACAGAGGACUUGGCUUAGCUUUCCUAAAGCACAUAGAACGCUGCCGGUUUCUUUUGUAUGUGUUGGAUCUCUCUGUGCCUGAGCCAUGGACGCAGCUGCGAGACUUAAAAUACGAACUGGAACAGUAUGAACAAGGCUUGUCCAAGAGACCUCACGCCAUCAUCGGGAACAAGUUUGAUCUUCCGCAGGCGAAGAGCAAUUUGCCUCUCCUUAAGGAGCAAGUGGAACAGAGAGUCAUCCCACUGUCUGCCCUGACAGGAGACAAUCUGGAGGAAUUAUUGUUGCACCUGAAAGACCUUUAUGAUCAUUAUGUAAAGACAGAAGAACGACAGAGCUGUAAGCCCAUGAAGUGGUAGCUAGCAGGAAAGCUCCUUUUUGGUCACAUCUAGGUAGAAAGGGGAUGAAGAACAAAAUACCUUUUGUGAAACACACCCAAAGUAAAGACACUUUAUCAUAAAAGCUGUGGAAACAUGCCAGUGACUCCCUCUCCCCCAAUUGCUUAAUUAGGUUCUUAAAGACAUAAGGAAUAGUCUGUUGGCUCUGGUUAAUCUGAUUAUAUAUCAUUGUAAAAUGUUUUUAUACAAAUGUGGAAACUAAUACUAGGGCGAACAGGUAUAAUACAGAAACUCGCAUUCUGUCAA